AUGGAUUGGAUCACAAACAUAUCUUCAGGUGUCUACCAAACAGAGGAUGAAGUGGAGCCACUGAUUAGAAGAUACCUAAACAGCACUGAGGACUACCUUACCUUUUUAUAUGGACCCAGACGGAGCCAUUUGUUCCUGCCUAUGACUUGGAUAUAUGCUUCGAUUUUCCUAGUUGGAGUGUCGGGCAACCUUUUAGUGUGCCUGGUGAUUCUCAGGCACCGCAACAUGAAAACGCCCACUAACUACUAUCUCUUCAGCCUUGCCAUUUCCGACCUGCUGGUCCUGCUCUGCGGGAUGCCCUUGGAAGUCUAUGAAAUGUGGAGCAACUACCCCUUCUUGUUUGGAUUGGCUGGGUGCUAUUUCAAGACGGCUCUCUUUGAGACGGUGUGCUUCGCCUCCAUCCUGAACGUCACCACAGUCAGCAUAGAGCGGUAUGUGGCCAUCAUGCACCCCUUCCGAGCCAAGCUGAAGAGCACCAGGCGACGCGCUUUGAGGAUCAUCAUUGCCCUGUGGCUACUGUCUGUCCUCUUCUCUCUUCCCAACACCAGCACCCAUGGCAUCGUACUGCAGUAUUUCCCAAAUCACACAGAAGUCCCUGGCUCAGCAACGUGUGCUGUGGUUCAGCCCAUGUGGAUCUACAACUGUAUCAUCCAGUUAAGCUCCUUCCUCUUUUACGUGCUGCCAAUGAGUGUCAUCAGUGUGCUCUACUGCCUGAUGGGGAUGAAAGUGAGUCCUGCACUCUCUUUUUGUGUAACUUUCUUUAAUGAUCCAUCUCAUCUUAAAUCAUCUCAUCCUGUACUUUAAAUUGUUUAAAAUUGAACCUCUACUGGCUUACCAUUAUCUUUCUGGCAAUGCAACAGAAGUUUAGAUUCUGCCAUGUGGAAGUAAUGCUUCGGACAUUCACUUCCCAUAACCAUUCAUUGCCCAAUAAUUAAUGGAAACCCAUUUACCCAACCUAUUUAUGACUUUUAAAAAUCACACACAUAUCUUCUUCCAGCACUCUUGCAACUCCUAUUUCAUCCUCACCCUUUUUCACAUUUGCAAAAGGAUCCACGUGUAAGUUUGCUUUUUUAAUCAACAUUUAGCCAGUGCAUGCUGAUUAAGAAUAAAAGUGCACUCAGUCUAAGAAUAUUCAGUACUUUUCAUCUUUUUCUUGUAGCCUAAUCUUAAACAGGCUUAUUCAGAAAUAAGUCCCACUGAACUCAAUAUUGCCUAGGAAUGAGGUCACACAAGCAUACCACAUCACUGUACGAUGCAAUUUCACAUGUGCACUUUGCAAGAAGGUAGAAAGAAGAUCAUCUAAAGACUAAUAAUAAAACAACUGGCAUGCAUGCUAGAAAAAGAAAUACCUGAGCUGAAUAAACAAACCACAACGGUUCUGCUAAGUUUGCAUUAUCAAUCACUCUCCUUCUUUACUGUUUGAUUAUUGCCACAAAAUGAUUCCCUCUGCCCUCAUACAGGCAGGAAGUUAUUAUUUCAAAGGGAUCCUACAGAAAUUGUUUAAUCAAAACCCACCAUAAGGCUGGCUUGGUGUUUUACAACAGCAUCAGACACUUUUCAGAUAAUAAUCCAUUUGAAAUGAAGUCACUUCUUGUGUUACAGGAAAAACCCACUAGGUCAAACCUUACACCAAAUCCACAGUUAGGAGCUUUUCGGACGAUUUGA